UCUAUGACACAAACUCCAUUGUAGAGAGUUGGAAUGCAAUGGAUUUCAACUUUGAGAAAAUUUGGAUGUAGGAUACAUGAAUUCGAAAGGGGUCACAGAUGUUGUCCACAGAAAAGCCAUGAGGUUAAAAAAAGGCAGCUGGGCCAAGUCCCGAGAAAAGGGUCAUCUCGGGCCAUCUCAGGAGGAGCAGCCCCUGCGGUCAUUUAACAGCCAGUCAGCGAGGGACCAGUUCAGUGAUGUGUGGAACACAGAUUCCGAUGACGAGCUCUCCUGGGAUGAGGACAUAGAGUACAGGUCAUAUACAGUAAAGAAAAAGAGAAAUGGAAGGCGACCUAUAUCACAGUGGUGUAUCCUUGUACUCCUGGGUCUUGCUGUUAUUAUUAUUGCAGUUCUAACCGGGCUCAUUGUGUGGCAGCAUCUACAGAAAUCCAAACACAAGCAGACCUAUUACAGCCCUGAUAGUGUUCAGUCCAGUGCCUAUAUAAUGAGUAAGAUGGAUCAGUCUGUGGACCCAUGCCAGGACUUCUAUCAGUAUACAUGUGGUAACUGGCUAAAGACAACAAAAAUCCCACCCUCCCGGUCUCAUUACAGCUUAUUCUCAGAGAUUGCGGACCAAAACAAUGAAAAAAUUAAAGCUAUCCUGGAGAAGAGUGGUACAACUUUCAUGAACAACCACUCCACAGCCAUAGAAAAGGCCAAAACAUAUUACAGCCUAUGUAUGGAUGAAAAAACCAUUGAAAAUCAAGGAGUGGAUCCAAUAAUUAAAUUUAUACGUGACCUCCAUUCCUGGUCUUUGACCUCAGCUCAUGGUCUAUCAUGGUCUGAGGCAUCAUGGGAUUUCCAUACAGCACUAACAACUAAUCACGCUAAAGGAUUUGAGGCCCUGUUUAGUAUGGGUGUGGCAGUUGAUGACAAAAAUAGCAGUCAAUAUAUAAUAGAGUUUACACAAAGUGGUCUUUCUCUAGCAUCUAGAGAAGAAUAUUUUACAAACCACUCCAGUUACCAGAAGAUAAAGACAGGCUUCCUGGAAUUUGGUGCUAAAUUAGGGCACCUGCUAGGGGGAGAGAACUCCUCAGUGUGGACAGGAAUGUCUGAUAUCUACGGCCUAGAGACAAAACUAGCUAGUAUACAUGUUCCAAAAGAAGAAUUACUAGAUCCUACCAAGACUUAUCAUAAAAUGACAGUCUCAGAAUUCCAGACUCUGAUUGGUUCAUCUAUUAAACUGACCCAGUACCUGAAAUCAUUGUUUGGGAGGGAUCUGGGGGACGUAGCUGUUCUGGUACACACCCCCAAGUACUUCCGGCAGCUGGGAGGUGUUCUAGCUAAAACUCCUAAAAGGACUCUAGCUAACUACAUUGUGUGGAAUGCCCUGAAUUCCCAGGUGGGCUAUUUUCCCACAGAGUUUGUGGAGGCUGGCCUCCUUUUGAGUAAGGUGGAGAGUGGAAUCAAGGGACUUGAUCCCCGUUGGCAGCGAUGUAUCAGCAAGGUCAACAUUGCGUUUGGGUUUGCCUCUAGCGCCCUCUAUGUUCAGGAGUAUUUUGCCAAGGAUAGUAAAUCUAAGGUUUUGACUAUUGUGAAGGAAGUUGAGGAGGCUUUUAUCCGUCAUUUGCCAAUGGUCUCAUGGAUGGAUGAACACACGCGACAGAUCGCCAAGGAGAAAGUCCAGAAGAUUGUAGAGAUGAUUGGUUACCCAGACUGGAUCCUGGAUACAACAAAACUGGACAAAUACUAUGAAAAUGUAACAAUAGAGGAUGGUAAAUUUUUCCAGAGUCAUCUGAACAGUCUUAGAGAAUCUGUUGUGAGGAACUUUAACAAGUUAGGGACUGUACCCGACAGAGAAGAAUGGCACAUGAUUCCUGCCGAGACCAAUGCGUACUAUUCACAGUCCUAUAACCAAAUUGUCUUCCCUGCCGCUAUCCUACAGCGGCCCUUCUUUACACCAACAUUUCCUACGUCUUUCAAUUUUGGGACCACUGGGAUGAUUAUUGGCCAUGAAAUGACUCAUGGAUUUGACAAUGAGGGUCGCCAUUAUGAUAAGUAUGGUAAUCUUAAUAACUGGUGGUCCAACCAAUCAGCAUUGAGCUUCCAGAAAGAGACGUCCUGUAUGGUCAAACAAUACUCCGCCUACACUGCUGAGAAUACUCAUUUGAAGGGAGAGCGAGUUCUGGGGGAAAAUAUUGCGGAUAAUGGAGGACUGAAGAUGGCCUAUGCAGCAUAUAAAUUCUGGGAAAGAUCACAUAGGAUCACAGAGGUCACAGAUCUUCCAGGACUUGGUCUCACUCCAGAACAGCUGUUUUUUGUUGGCUUUGGUCAGCUUUGGUGCUCUUACUACACACCUCAGUACCUAAAGCAAGCCAUACUGACUGAUCCUCACACUAUAGGAAAAUUCAGGACAAUAGGAGUGGUUUCCAAUUCAGGUGAUUUUGCUCGAGCUUUUAACUGUCCUCCAAACUCUCCCAUGAAUCCACAAACUAAGUGCCAAGUUUGGUGAAAUUCUGUUCAUUCCAUGAUGUCUGUGAUUAAUGACUUCAUUCCAGAAAUUUUUUAACUGCCAAAAAAAACUUGGCCAUUUUCUUAGAUGGUGUGUUUUAAGUUCUCAAGAGCUGAUAUUAGAACAAUUUGUUUUAUUUAUAGUAUUUUCAUUUUUUGUGACCAUAAGCCUCAAAAAUAGUGCAUAUUGAUUAUUGUGUGUGUUUAUCUUUCCAAAACUUUAUUCUGGAACUUAUUUUUUAUCUGUAUUGUUAACAUAUAGAGGCAUCACACUUUGUUUUUUUCACUUGUCUUUAUAGAUCUCAUUUGAAUUGUUGAUAUCUUGAAGGUAUAUUUUUUUAUCAUUAUAGGUUAUUUAUUUUGUUCUAAGCCCCUCCUACUUCUAAGAUGAAGCUUGUUACAUUUACCAAUGUUUUGUCUAUAAUAAACAUACUUACCCUAGUAAAAUCUGGUUUAAACCAUCAUAACCCACAUUGCAUCUUAUGUAACCUUUGAACUAUUUGUCCUUUUUUUUGGUUCAACAGGCUUGCUUUGUGCAUUUAUAUCAAUUAUUAUAAGAUAUGUUGUGGCCACAGAGAGUCAAGGCAUUAAAAUAUAUACUUAGUAAUUAUAGCUUCCAUGAAGUAUAGUAUAAUUUAACAUGUAUAUUAUCUGUUUAUGUAUCUAGGGGUGAAUGAGAUGAUUAAUUUUUCUUGUAGAUUUGCUGCUCAAGCAAAUUUUUAUGUGCUUCCAGAUAGUUAGCCUUUAAUAAUUCCCAUAGUCCAUGCUUUGUGCAACUGUUUAAAUGUUGUCAUGAAAUUAUCGCAGACAUAUCAAUCUUUGUGGAAAUGAUUUUGUAAAUUCAACCCAUGCAUCUGAUGUUUUGAAGUUGACCCAUUGAAGUUUUAUUAAAUAGGAAAGGGCUACGUUGUAAAUUGUUGUGCAUUUUGACCAGUAACAUAUCCAAAUCAUUUUCUCAAAUGCAAGUUCAUGGAAAUCUUCGGAUUUCCAAAUUAUUUUCUAAAAAAAAAAAAACAACCAAACAAAUAUAAAAAAAAUUUAAAAAAUUUUAAAAAAUCAUUUGUUUAAUGUACAUGCACUUCAUUGGAGAAUUUUUUUUACAAUUUGAUGACUAGAUAGACGACUUUUUCUAGUUCUUUUUUCCCUGUAUUUUAUUUUACAGUUUCUCAGAAAAAAUCCUCUUUACCAUGAAACUCACCAACUCCCUCACUAAGGAGUAUGACAUUAUUGUCCAGUCCAGUUUCAUUUCAAUGCAUAUAUUUUGCUCAUGAUCAAUAAUCAUUAUGGAUUUGAGUCAGAAUUACAGUCAAACUUUGUUAUUUCAAACUCAAAAAACCUUGAUAUCUGAGGAUUUGAAAUAACGAAGGUAAAAGAAAUAAUAUUAAGUGGUUGGGACUUCCAAAUUACUGCGAUGUAUCCAUGGUACUAGUAUUUGAGAUUUCGUUGUUCAAGAUACCAACGUUCAAGUGUAUUAGGGCAAAUUUCAAGGUCACAGAUUCCACAGUGACAAAAUAUUUCCUUGGGCAUUUCCCUUGUGAUGAAAGGCUAAUGUAAAUUUAGCAUUUGUUGUCAAGGAUUUAGACAUGAUCAAGUUCACAUACUUUAUCAAUAUAAAACUCUGUUAUUUAUAUUGCAGAGGUUAAAUUUGUUUGCUGUACAAAUGGUUUAUUGUGGAAACGAAGAAAAAAAGUAUUUUAAAAAUUCACACUGAUCAUAAUUCAUGCUGGCCAUAAGAAUAUGAAUGCUUUACAGAGUCUAAUAUUGUGGCAGUACAUUUAUAAGCUUUGAAGAUACAGAGCAGAUGCAAUUCUGACUGAUCAAGGUCUUCAUUUCCAAAACUGGCUGUAAAUUCCAGAAAAGAUAAGUUUUUUUUUUUUUAAUUUUGUACCUCUGUAGGUUUUACAACUUUGUAAGAUAGUGAAAUCUAGAUGAUCAAAACAAUACGGUCAUUUUUCUUUCCUAGAUGGCCAGAUAACGACAUAUCGUUUAGAGAUCUGCAUAUUAAUUAAUAUUUGUGUAUCAAACCUCUCAUUGAAAUGUGUUUUGCUGCAGGAUUUAUAUAAUAUCUCUACAAUCUUCUGAACUGUUCAAAUGACUACCAAGAUAUGGUUAGUUUGAAAAUAAACUAUCUAAAUCUUGCAUUAAA